UUCAUCAAGGACUUUGCUAUGAAAGCCCAUCCCCUAGAACAUCUCAAACACAAGGGCACAAUAUUUGCCUGGGGCCCUGAGCAUGGAGCAACCUUCACCCAGCUAAAAGCAGACGCCUGUGGGGUUGUUCAUCAGGAUGGUCUCCUCUGUCCCAUCAACUAUGAAAGUGACCAAAAGAUUAUCCUUGCAGUGGAUUCCUCAAAUAUCAGUGUUGGAUAUGUCCUCUAUCAAAACAACAUAAAUGGCAAACAAAAA